GCCGGCUUGAUUCUUGUCAUUCCGCGUCACGGACAAAUCGCCGCAAACAUGAGCUCGUUUCCGGGUCGAAUGAAGGAAUAUCCUUACAUUUCUCUGGAUCGCUUCGAUCAUGAGAACUUGCACGCGCGCGCCUACUUCCUGUCGCACUGUCACAAGGAUCACAUGAGAGGAAUAAAAGCACCCAAGCUGAAGAGAAGACUGCGCUCCAGCCGUCGAGUCAAACUGUACUGCUCACUGGUGACCAAAGAGCUUCUGCUGAGCAGCCGCAAACACCUCUUCUGGGAGAAAUUCAUUGUGAGACGUCUUUUAAAACAACAGUAAACAGUCGCUCGAGGGUUAGGGGCCGA